AUGCAGCUCAUGCCAGGAGCACGCCCGCACCGCCCGACGGCCGGCGGUCCUGUUCACCCCCGUCGAUUGUGCUUGGCCAUUCGCGCAGUGAGGACUGGACAUACUCGGACCUCUCCCACCCGCAUCCGGGCAGCGGAAGUACAUCAUCGUAGGAGUGGACUACUUUACCAGUCCAUCGUCAUCGACAAUGGACCUCAGUUCGCCGGCAGGAGGUUCCAAGAGUUUUGCGCCAAGCACAAGAUUCAGCUGAGGUUCAGCUCGGUGGCUUACCCCCAGGCGAACGGACUAGCUGAAGUAACCAACCGGUCCAUCAUCGACGGUCUCAAGAGAAGAGUGUCCGCUGCCCGAUCGGCCUGGAUCGACGAGCUCCCGAGCGUCCUAUGGGCGCUGCGCACUACCCCUAAGACCCCAACGGGGGAGUCUCCCUACAGCCUCACGUUCGGGACCGAGGCUGUAUUACCAUCCGAAGUAGCUGUCCCGACUCCGCGGACAGCAGGCUACGGCGAAGAAGCCUCGGGUGAAGGGCUCCGAUCCAACCUGGAUUUGCUCGAAGAAAGACGGGCCGACGCGUACCGGAAAACCCUUUCUUACAAAAGAGCCGUAGCGAGGGUCUACAACCGGAGGGUAUGA